AUGGCCAAAGCCGAAACGACAACUGCGGGAGUAGAAUGUCUAAACAUUGACUUCAUGAGAUCUCUAGUGAAACAGUAUUCGGAACUGGGUCAAUGGACAAGCGCUUUAUUUUGGGCAGAUGCUGCUGCAGCAGCCGGCAGUGGAAAUGGUUCAGCUAGUGGUGAUGACAUAUGGUUGCUUGCCAGUGUAAUGUUAUCCCGAGGUGAAUUACACCGUGCUGCACAUGCAGUUACGUCUAGAGGCUUGCACAGACGACACUUACUUUGUCUUGGUGUUGCAAUGAGGGCAUAUUUAGCUGCUAAGGAACCGGCAACAGCCAUCAACAUCAUAGAGGAAUGUGAACCAGGAUUACUAGAGGCAAAGAGCACAGACCAAACACAUAAUGUAAAUAUAUUAUUAAACCAAAUAUAGAUAUGGACACUGACAAGCAAACACAUAGUAACCAGCAUAACCAAAAUACAGCAGAAUAAGCUUAUACUUAAAAAAAAUUACAGGUUUUUCUACUACCUGUUUGCUUUCCAAAGUCAAUAAAAAAUCAUUAUUUUGAAAAAAAGAAGAAAAGAAUAUUAAGUUAGUUGAAUCAUGGAACUCAAAUAUUACAUAUAUCCAAUAUAACAUAUUGCUUUCAAUGUACAAAAAUAAUUACUCUAUCAGCACUACUUUCCCAAUAAUGUAAACAAGUAACAAAAUUUUAAUUGUCAGUUGCAACUUUCAGUAAAUAUAUAGGUAAUAACAAAGUUAAAACAGAAGUAUCACUUGAUUAUUUGCUAAAUUAAAUGUUUAUUUGAAAAUCCAAAAAGCAACAUUCAACAACUCACACAAAAUCUUUACCAGACUUCAAUUGAAGUUUGUUUAAGACGAGUAAUUUUUUCUCAUGCUUUUGAAGUUGUUUUAAUGUUUCGAAUAUGUCAGUAACAGAUAAAGUGUUCAAUUGUUGAUUAUGAUGAGUGAUUCACAUUCAGAUAUUAGAUUAACGACUAGUUUCUGAAUUGAGAAUAGUAUAAUAACUCAACCGAUUAUUCUCAAUAACUUAAGUUGUAUGUUUCACAAGGCAAAAAGUCCUAGCUUCAAACAGCUAUCAAGUGAUCAUUAUAAAACUAAAAUCAGAAACUCAAAUCCUGUGUAAGCAGUUUGAAAUGUGCUUAGCUUUGAAGACUGUAGACAGAAACCGGGCGUUACUCCUCCAUUACGCUCUAAACCAGUUAUUU